CUUUCUUGCGGCGCAAGUGUGUGUUCUUUUUUUUUUGACAAUGCAUCUUCAGAGCUUGUAGGAACCAAAGAUGGUGGUCGAGUUCGAUUAUUCAUGUGAGCGUCAUAUAACAACCCGAGGCUAAACCAGCGGCAUCAAUACCUCGCCGCCUCAAGCGCAGACGGCCUUCUUUCGGGCCUCGAGCCGCCGAGUCUCGACAGCAAAAGCGGGGUCGACCCGUCCGGAGGGCGUCAGGCGACACCAACCCUUUUCCCGAUGCCGGCAUCCCGUCCGCAGCGCCAUCGCCUCUCCGCCCCCCCCGCUUCACAACGCGUCUCAGUUCCCAAUUCACUCUUUCUCAUCACCAUCAGGACCCAGGUUCUCUUUGCCACCAAGCGCCUCAUACUCGUCGCACAAUCCAAAACAGACAAAACAAACAAUCAUAGCCGGGGAAUGGCCGACCUCUCAACCUGCCCGCCCUUGACCCGGGCUUCGGUCGUGGAAGCCCACAAGCUCGUCAGGCCGCACAUCCACUACACCCCCGUCCUCACCAACAAGACUCUGACUGCGCUGGCGUCGACGCCCCGGAGCGCCGAGGACCUCAGGGGAACCAAGUGGGAAGGGCGCACGCCGGCGAAGCCCGUGCUCAGGCUGUGGUUCAAGUGCGAGAACCUGCAGCGCAUCGGCGCCUUCAAGGUCCGCGGCGCGUUCCAUGCCGUCGAGCGGCUGAAGCAGGAGCCCGGCUGGCUCGAGGGCGGUGGGAAGGAGAAGGGCGUCGUCACGCACAGCUCAGGAAACCAUGCCCAGGCUCUCGCCCUCGCGGCCAGAGAAAGCGGCAUCCCCGCGCACAUUGUGAUGCCGGACAUCUCGCCGCCCAACAAGAUCGCGGCGACGCGCGGGUACGGCGCCAACGUCGUGUUCAGCGGCAGCACCUCGGUCGAGCGCGAGGCCGUCGCCAACCGCGUCAUCGCCGAGACGGGCGCCCGCCUCGUCCCGCCCUACGACCACCCGGACAUCAUGCUGGGGCAGGGCACCAUGGGCCUCGAGCUGCAGGAGCAGGUGCGCGACCUCAUGGCCGCGGGGCACUCGGCCGCGCGCCCGACCUUCGACUCGACGGGCCUGCCGCGCUCCCGCGACGGCGGGCGGGGCCUGGACGCCAUCAUGACGCCCUGCGGGGGCGGCGGCAUGCUCUCGGGCGUCGCGCUCAGCUGCGAGGGCACGGGGAUCCGGGUGUUCGGCGCGGAGCCCGAGUUCGAGGGCGCCGACGACUGCAGGCGCGGCCUCGAGGCCGGCGAGCGCGUCGAGGCCGUCAAGACGCUGACCAUCGCCGACGGCCUGCGCACGCCGGUGGGGCGGCACCCCUGGGGCGUCAUCUACGAGCGCCGCCUGGUCGAGCGCGUGUUCAGCGUGUCGGAGGACGAGAUCAGGGCGGCGACGAGGCUCGUGCUCGAGCGCUUCAAGCUGGUCGUCGAGCCGAGCGGCGCCGUGCCCCUGGCCGUCGCGCUGUUCAACGAGGACUUCAGGGCCAUGGUCGAGAGCGAGGCCGGCGAGGCCGGGUGGGACCUGGGGCUGGUGUUUAGCGGCGGCAACGUCGCGAUGGAGGGCCUGUUGAAGAUAUUCGCGGCGUGACCGGCUUUUUGUAUCCACUUGGGGGGGGGGGAACGGUAGAGGCACGACUGUUGAGCGGUCAUGGGGCCGGCUUGUCAUCUUGGAGGCGUUGGGAGGCAUAGACGUCUUUGCCCGACCCGGUCAUUUAUUUACGCCUAGUUGUGGUUACGUACAACAGCGUGUUAGACGCAUUUCGUUUCCUCCGAGGGAACGUCCGACAUCAAUCUUCUUGUGGAAACAAGAGGACGUCUUUUUUCUCCCCCCUCCUUCUCGCUGGGGCUUUCCGGGCAACGGCAUUGGGGCGCGAGGGCUUGAUCUGCUGAUCCGAUGCGAGCCGUAUUAUGUAUGCAAUUGGAACCGGGGGCCCGGCAGAAGAACCCCAACAUACCACCGAACUUUCACAAUGCGUCUCUGUUCACGACCAAUUUUGGAUCAUG